CGCGGUGAGCUGGGUCUCGCUGCGCUUCAGCUCCCUCUCGGUCUGCAUCUUGGCCCUCACUACCGCCAUGAGCUUCCUCAAGAGUUUCCCGCCACCCGGGUCGGCUGAGGGGCUCCGGCAGCAGCAGCCCGAUACCGAGGCGGUGCUGAACGGGAAGGGCCUGGGCACCGGCACUCUUUACAUCGCUGAGAGCCGCCUGUCUUGGUUAGAUGGCUCUGGAUUGGGAUUCUCACUGGAAUACCCCACCAUUAGUUUGCAUGCAGUGUCCAGGGACCUAAAUGCCUAUCCACGAGAGCAUUUAUAUGUUAUGGUGAAUGCCAAGUUUGAAGAAGAAUCAAAAGAAUCUGUUACUGAUGAAGAAGAGGAAGACAGUGAUGAUGAUGUUGAACCUAUUGCUGAAUUUAGAUUUGUUCCUAGUGAUAAAUCAGCUUUGGAGGCAAUGUUCACUGCAAUGUGUGAAUGCCAGGCUUUGCAUCCAGAUCCUGAGGAUGAAGAUUCAGAUGAUUAUGAUGGAGAAGAAUAUGAUGUGGAAGCACAUGAACAAGGGCAGGGGGACAUCCCUACAUUUUACACCUAUGAAGAAGGAUUAUCCCACUUAACCGCCGAAGGCCAGGCCACAUUGGAGAGAUUAGAAGGAAUGCUUUCUCAGUCUGUGAGCAGCCAGUAUAACAUGGCUGGCGUCCGGACAGAAGAUUCAAUAAGAGAUUAUGAAGAUGGGAUGGAGGUAGACACUACACCCACGGUUGCUGGACAGUUUGAGGAUGCAGAUGUUGAUCACUGAAAAUGAUUUUAUGUUGCUUUGGGAUUCUGCUCAUAACUGUAGGAGAGAACUUGGUGCCUUUUCCUCUGUGGAGUGGGUGUUGAUGAAAAUAUUUUUCCUUCUCCAAAACUUCCUGAACCAGUUCUUUCUUGAGACAGACUGUAUAAGACAACAAGUUGUCACCAGCAGAAGAAACUAUGACCUUUAUUAACCAAGGUGAAUUUACUUAACCAAGAGGGUAUUUGUAGUUUAUCUUUUAUCCCCAAAUUUUCUGUGUCUAGGUACCUUCUGAGUAGGCCUAUAAUUCCUGCCUUCAGUGUAUGUAUCUUCCGUAACCUAGCAGGGGUAUGUGGUGAAAAUGCACGGGCACUUAGGGGAUGGAAGAGAGGCUGAAUCUAAGACCCCUUUAGGGCCUAAGGACACCCUUACCCUUAA